UCAGUAGAAAUCAUGACAAUUUCCACUCCCAGUUUGAAAACCAGAGAAUCAGUCAGAGAGGAGACAGGAGACUUCCACAGCAGAUGUUGUCAGUUCUGUAGCUUGGAUCUAUUAAAAUGGGAUUUAGUUUCUUGAAAGUUUGGAUACCUGUUUUAGUUCUAGUUUCUGUAGCUGCAGGCUCUAACAUAUGCACUUCUGGAGGAGUAAGCACAUGUAAAGAAUGUCUGUCUAUCCAUCCAACGUGUGCCUGGUGUGCUCAGGAGAUCUUCGAAAAGGGAGGGUCAAGUUUGUCACGGUGUGAUCUGAGAGACAGUCUCAUUCAGUCUGGUUGUGGCAUGAAGUUUAUUGAGUUUCCACUUAGCAGCAUGAAGAUACUAGAGGACCGCCCCCUGAGUGACAAGGCAGGGGGUUCAGCCAGUGAAAUCACUCAGAUCCGACCACAAAAAAUCCACCUCACCCUUAGGCCAGAUGAUACAAAGAAUUUCAUCGUCACUGUGAAACAAGUUGCUGAUUACCCAGUGGAUCUGUAUUACCUGAUGGACAUGACCAAUACCACGAGGGAUGACUUGCAAAAGCUUUAUGCUCUUGGCAAUGAUCUGCCGCGUGCUCUACGCAGUGUCACCAGUAAUCUGCACAUGGGAUUUGGAGCUUUUGUAGACAAACCCCAGUCACCUUCUAUUUCCUCUGAAAAAGUCCGCAGGAAUCCUUGCCAUAAGUCUUCUGAACCUUGCCCUCCACAAUUUGUCUAUCGUAACGUACUGCCUCUGACAGAGCAGGUAGAACGGUUCACAGAGGAAGUUAAGAAACAGAAAGUGUCCAGAAACAGAGAUGUGCCAGAAGGUGGAUUUGAUACUAUCAUGCAAGCAGUAGUAUGCAAGGAUAACAUUGGAUGGAGGCCCAAUGCAUUUCAUUUGCUGGUAUUCACAAGUGAUGAUAGGAGCCAUUUGGCUCUGAAUGACACUGGAAUCGUCCAGCCCCACGAUGGGGAGUGCCAUAUGAACAAAGACAAUGAAUACGACAUGUCCACUACACUGGACUACCCUUCACUUGGUCUGAUCACAGACAAGAUAUCUGAAAAUAAUAUCAACCUCAUCUUUGCUGUUACGAGCAAUUUGGUGUCAGUAUAUCAUAAUUACAGUGAGUUGAUUCAUAGCUCUGUGGUCGAAACCCUCUCUAAAGACUCAGGAAAUGUUGUUCAACCCCUUCUGGAUGCUUAUGCUAGGAUCAGGUCCAAAGUUGAGUUGGAACUGUUGGGUGUGCCAGAUGAGUUAUCUCUAUCCAUUACUGCAACCUGUCUGGAUGGAGAGGUCAUCACAGGUGUCCGAUCCUGCACCGGACUAAAGAUUGGAGAUAUGGUUUCAUUCAGCAUUGAGGCGAAACUAUACGGCUGUCCCAAAGAGAAAAGUCAUACCUUCACUGUGAAACCAGUGGGCUUCAAAGACGCACUGCAGGUGACUGUUGACUUUGCUUGUGACUGCGACUGUCAGCUGUCCUCUGAACCCAACAGCCCCUCCUGUCACCACGGCAACGGUACCCUUGAGUGUGGCGUGUGCCUGUGCGAUCCGGGCCGAGUGGGCUCUCAAUGCGAGUGCUCUUCGGGGGAAUAUAACCCCAGCGAGCAAGACUGUAGCCCCAAGCCAGAGACACCAGUCUGUAGCGGACGAGGAGACUGUGUGUGUGGCCAAUGUAACUGUCGCUCAAGUGAUUUUGGAAAGGUUUGGGGGCUAUACUGCGAAUGUGAUGACUUCAGUUGCCUCCGUUCCAAAGGACAGCUGUGUGCAGGUAAUGGUGAGUGCAACUGUGGAUCCUGUCAGUGUAACCCUGGAUGGUUCGGUGAGAGCUGUGACUGCUCGAUCCGCACAGACAACUGUAUGGGGAAUGGAGGGAUGCUUUGUAGUGGGCGUGGCCACUGUGUGUGUGGUGUCUGUAAGUGCACUCAGCCAGGAGCCUAUGGAUUAACCUGUGAGAAGUGCCCCACCUGCUCUGAUGUUUGAACAAUCAAAAAGUGAGUUUCAUGGUGUGUGUAUUUCAGCAGGGUUUGCUUUCCUGCUGAGGUUCUGAAAGUGUCCCCAGAAGAAAAGCAAAACCUGAUGAAAUCACUUUGGAGGGACAUAAGGAAAGAAGUUUAAAAAAGGAACAAAUAAUGUCAUAUCAUUUCUAAUAAUAAACAAAAGUUGUAUUUUAGGGUUUGGGUUAGUCUAUAGUAGCCUAAAUACAAAUACUCUUGCUAAAAAUGACAAAUUAUCUGAUUUAAAAAAAAAUAAUAAUAAUUAUAAAGUUGUGCUCAAAAGUUUGCAUACCCUGGCAGAAAUUGUGAAAUUUUGGCAUUGAUUUUGAAAAUAUGACUGAUCUUUUAUUUAAGGAUAGUGAUCAUAUGAAGGCAUUUAUUAUCACAUAGGUGAAAUCUCCCAAAUGGCCCUGAUCAAAAGUUAACAUACCCUUGAAUGUUUGGCCUUGUUACAGACAAACAAGGUGACACACACAGGUUUAAAUGGCAAUUAAAGGUUAAUUUCCCACACCUGUGGGUUUUUAAAUUGCAAUUAGUGUCUGUGUAUAAAUAGUCAAUGAGUUUGUUAGCUCUCAUGUGGAUGCACUGAGCAGGCUAGAUACUGAGCCAUGGGGAGCAGAAAAGAACUGUCAAAAGACCUGUGUAACAAGGUAAUGGAACUUUAUAAAGAUGGAAAAGGAUAUAAAAAGAUAUCCAAAGCCUUGAAAAUGCCAGUCAGUACUGUUCAAUCACUUAUUAAGAAGUGGAAAAUCCGGGGAUCUCAUGAUACCAAGCCAAGGUCAGGUAGACCAAGAAAGAUUUCAGCCACAACUGCCAGAAGAAUUGUUCAGGAUACAAAGAAAAACCCACAGGUAACCUCAGGAGAAAUACAGGCUGCUCUGGAAAAAGACGAUGUGGUUGUUUCAAGGAGCACAAUACGACAAUACUUGAACAAAAAUGAGCUGCAUGGUUGAGUUGCCAGAAAGAAGCCUUUACUGCACCAAUGCCACAAAAAAGCCCGGUUACAAUAUGCCCAACAACACCUUGACACACCUCACACUGUAAUUUGGAGUGACGAGACCAAAAUAGAGCUUUGUUUGGAGAGGGGUCAACAAGGCCUAUAGUGAAAAGAAUACCAUCCCCACUGGUGGUGGCUCACUGAUGUUUUGGGGGUGUGUGAGCUCUAAAGGCACGAGGAAUCUUGUGAAAAUUGAUGGCAAGAUGAAUGCAGCAUGUUAUCAGAAAAUACUGGCAGACAAUUUACAUUUUUUGCAUGAAAGCUGCGCAUGGGACGCUCUUGGACUUUCCAGCAUGACAGUGACCAUAAGCACAAGGCCAAGUUGGCCCUCCAGUGGUUACAGCAGAAAAAGGUUCUGGAGUGGCCAACACAGUCUCCUGACCUUAAUAUCAUCGAGCCACUCUGGGGAGAUCUCAAACGUGCAGUUCAUGCAAGACGACCAAAGACUUUGCAUGACUUGGAGGCAUUUUGCCAUGACGAAUGGGCAGCUAUACCACCUGCAAGAAUUUGGGGCCUCGUAGACAUCUAUUACAAAAGACUGCACGCUGUCAUUGAUGCUAAAGGGGGCAAUACACACUAUUAAGAACUAAGGGUAUGCAGACUUUUGAACAGGGGUCAUUUCAUUUUUUUCUUUGUUGCCAUGUUUUGUUUUAUGAUGGUGCCAUUCUGUUAUAACCUACAGUUGAAUAUGAAUCCCAUAAGAAAUAAAGAAAUGUGUUUUGCCUGCUCACUCAUGUUUUCUUUAAAAAUGGUACAUAUAUUACCAAUUCUCCAAGGGUAUGCAAACUUUUGAGCACAACUGAGCACUUACUGGACUGAAGCCACUUUUUCACUGCACCCGACAAACUACAGAUAACAGACCAGAGAUCAGUCAUUUCAAAUUGAGCGUCACACGGCGGCUGUAUGGAGUUCUGACCAUCUGCAGAGGUGGAAUUUCAGAUCUGAUUUGACCUUCGGAUACGUAGAAAUAUUUGUGCAACUAGACAGUAUGUGACCGCCUGACUGAAUGUAAUGUAUUCAUUCAAAACUAUGAUCACGAAGUUAGAAACACUGACAGUUUCCUAAACUUUAUUCUAAAUGCUACUUCUAUAGAUUGGACAGUUAUGAAGUCAAAAAUGAUCAUUCACGUUGCAAAUAUUUAUUUUAAAACAAAAGGCUUUCGUAAUUAAACGUGUACAUGUCAUUUAUUUCUACAUUUAUGUGAUUUAAAUCACAUCUAUGCAUUUCUAUGCCCUAUUUGCUAAAUUAUUAUUGUUGUUGUUGUUAGGCAACUAUUAAUUAUAAUAAUAACUAAAACCAGCGAUGAUAAUGAUAAUAAAUGAUAAUAAAAAUAUUGGAAUCUGAGUAAAUAUUUAUUAUGAAUUUUAUUGAAUUCAUCCAUCUGCUCAACAGCCAGGUUUGGUAGCAAACCUCAGAAAACAAUUCACAAAAUCAACAACAUUAUUAACAUUCUUUAAAGUUUAUUUUGAGUCUAUCUUUCUCUAUGUCUCAACGGGCUGGGAGCUCUGACAUCACAAUUAGUGAGUGCCUUCUCCCAUGCUGUGACAACGUUUUGCAAAAUAAAAUUAUGUGGUUCAUAACAUAUCUCAGGGCCGUUCCGAAGUGAAAUGUCCACUGUGUGCUGCUAAGAGCGAGUGAAAUGUUCUCCCUAACAGAUGAGGUUUUUAAGGUUAAUGUUCUAUCGAAAUUUAAAUCAACAAAACCUACAUACCUACCUACCUCCCUACCCUAAACCUUAAACCUAAACCUAACCGAUAGUGUCAUAAAAAGCAAAUGUGAAAUGAAAAACACAAUUUCUGAAACAACCACAUUUUGUGGUGCUUCUAUGACCCUUUUGGUUCACGUGUCAACUCGCAGACUCUUCAGGACUCGAACCCCGGUCCUUUGUAUUGCAUAUGCAACACUCUUCAGUUGAACUACCGUGCAAUUUGAUCACACUUGUAAAGCUUUUAAAUGUAGUUGGUUAUGUAAUGCACAUAACAUGUAACGUUAAAAUGAGUCAUGCACUAUAGUAGUAUAUACUGAAGUGUUUAUAUGUCAUAAAAUAGCAUUGUGUGAGGAACAGACCGAAAAGUAAGUGUUUAUGAAAUUAUAAUUUUGCCAUUUACUCGUGAUUUGAAUGAAAGGGGAUAAAAAUAAUUGUUGUUUUAGCGCCUCUAGUGUUCAUUCCACCUGGAAAUUGCUGUGUUACAAACAACAGGCCACAGAAAUCAUUUUUAAAAAAUGUUGUUACUGUAACAUGAUUUUUUGACCAGGUUGCGAAUGUCAGAGACAGUAAAAAGGCAACUUAACAAACAAAUCGAAUUUAACAAUCCUCUAAUCACACAAUCUCUUCUCUUGAUUUCAUUCUAGCUAGGAAAAAAGUUAUUUUUUAUUUUUUUAAUACUUAAGUAAAAUUUAUGCUAAUACUUUUUACUUUCGCUCAAAUAUGUUUUUGGCUAGAUCUGCUUUAGACACUUACACCUACACUGAUUGAGGGUAAGCUUCCAAUAUUAUUUUAGAAGUCUGGUCCAUGGUACUCGCAGUAUUGAACUGCUAAAUAGGUAUAUUCAUCUUUUUGCUCACAGAAUAUGAAUAAAAGAGUGAGGUCCACCAUUGUUGGAUUUCUCUGUCUUUGAUAAUUUAGUCCCCAGCCUGUUUUUAACAUAUACUCUGAAUAAAGAAUCCAUUAAAAGGGUAUUAUCAAAUAUUGAUCAUAAUAAAGGUCUUUAUAAAAAUAUUCUGACACACUUAAUAAAGUUGGUCAAAGUUGCUUCUCAAGUCGCAAUAAGACGUAGGCAGUGAGAGUGCAUACGAACCCCAGGCUAGAAUAAAGUCUACUAAUAACAGGCUAAUAAAGUACUAAAAAUGGGCUAAUAAAGGACUAAUAAUGGCUAAUAAAGUACUAAUAAAGAGCUAAUAAAGUACUUAUAAAGGGCUAAUGAAGUAUAAAUUAAGUGAUAUUACAGCGCUAAUAAAUCACUGGUACUGAUAAAGCUCUGGUACUAAUAAAGCUCUAAAUAAGGUAGACUGUGAUAAACUCUGAAGGGGUAAAAUUAAAGUAGGCUGAGAUAAAGCUUACUAUAAGUGCACUGAAUGGGGAGCUAACUCACCCCACCCGGGUAGACCGUGAACAUAGGCACUGAGAACGAUAAUAUAACUUGGUAAAGUGAAAAGCCUACCUGAUUCCUCCACAAAAGAAAAGGAGUUGAGUGAUUGAAGAGGACACAGCUCGUAGCCUGAAAAAUAUAAGGUAAGGGCUCACCGCAAGGUGACGCAGCACAGAGGUUCCCUAAGUGUUUGGUGCCACUGUUUUCUUAUUUCUUUUACCCCAGUCAUGGAAAUGCACAAGUUCUUUUCACUUUCCAUUGCCCUUUAAGCAGAUAGUCUGUUUAAACAGAGUAGACUAUUUAAAACAGCACCUAAAACCCUCUAAAGGUACAAAGUAGUUCCACAUGAAUGUAUGCUCAUUUCAAGUUGUUUAUAAUGCACCGAUUUCAUAGCACAGUAAUGUGCAUUAAUUUGUUUAGCAUGUAACCAUCACUCUUCCAAAGAAUUUAUUAAAUGUUAAUUAUCCAUUUGUUAUAUUGCAUAUUCCUGCAUAUUAUUUGUGUGUUUCAUAAAGUAUAUUUAAUGCCCAUCAUUAUUGUAUCUUCGUUUUGUGUUUUUAUUUUACAGUUUUAUUGUUUGCAAUGCCUACUCCUACUAUUAUUGUAUUACGGUUCAAUUGCAUUGCCCACUUAGGCUGUAGAUUACAAUAUUAAAAAAAAGUGUCUUCAAUUUAACUAAUUUCAGCCAUAUUACAAGUUUCACCUCUUAAGUU